AUGAAAUUCGUCGCGGUCAGCUUGACCGUUUUUCUCGUCGGCACCCAUGCGGCCAGCAUCGCCACCGGUGAAUCCCAGGCGAUUGGCAGCAUCAUGUCAAACAUGCAGGCUGGUGACGACUUCAAGACCGCUCUCGAGAAGGCCAAAAACACGGCGAGCGGCGCCGCGCAGAACGCGCUAAACGACUUGAGGAGCAAGUUCCAGCAGACAGUCGCCCAGGCCCAGGUCUCCAUGCCCACUGCUGAUGACUUGAAGGCGCAAGUUCAAUCGAUGCACAUCAUGCCGGCCAUGGCAUCACCAACCUCGGGCGGCUUCAGCGACAUGAUUCAGAGAAUCAAGGCCUCUCAGCCGAACUUCGCCACCCUGAUGCCCACCGCUAGCAGCAGCAGCUUCCAGAUGCCCAGCAUGGACCCGGCCAUGAUGGCCGCAAUGGGCAAGCAGAUGCUCGCGAUGCUCAAAACCAAGCUCGAGGGAUAUGGCGUCGACACCGCCGAGCUCCAGAGCUGGUUCCAAGCCAACGGCCAAACCGCCACUUGGAAUGAGAUGAUUAAGCACGUCACCGAGGCUUUCCCAGCCGCCAUGCAGGCUAACGUCACCGCCCACAUCAACGCCAUGAUCGAGAAGCAGGACGAGUGCAUGAAGACUGCCGUCCAGUUCUUCCAAAACAUGACCAAUGUCGCCCAGCAGCUCUCGGACAUCAUCGGCAACCGCGACCAGAAUGCUAACCAAACCGGCCAGGCCAUGAAAAAUGUUGUCGCCAACAACCCGCCGCUCGUCCUCGCUGAGGUCAAGAAGGUCUUCAUCGACUACAUCAUGGCCCAGUACGGCGAUGCCAUCAAGGCGAUGAUGCAGCAGAUGGGUGGUAUGUCUCCCCAAAUCAUGGUCAACUACGCCCAGGCCGAUCCUGCCGCUUCCGGCGACUUCAGCGCCGCCGUCAUGCCAGCCGACUAUACCCCAAACAGCGGUGAGGCCGGAGUCGCAUCUGACUAUGGCCAGACCGACGACUCCUCCGCUGACGACGAUUCGACCGACGACGCCGCUGCCACCAAGAAGGCUGCAAAGAAAGCCGCGAAGGCCGCGAAGAAGGCAGCGAAGAAGGCCGCGAAGGAGGCCGCCAAGAACAAC